GUACAUUGGGCAGGUAAACUCGGCGGACGGUGGCGUUGCGAAGGCCAAAGGAAACUUAAAUUCGUCGGUCACAUCGUCUCUGCCGGCUGCGUUUGUGAAGCCAGCGUGAACAAGCACAACAUGCCUUCCGAGUGCACGGAGACUAAAUUCACCAUCCCGUAUGGCCACCUGGCUGCCAAAGUGUGGGGCGACCCGGCACACGCCACCACCCGCGUCCUGGCGCUGCAUGGUUGGAGGAACAACGCCGGCACCUUCGACACGCUUAUUCCGCUCCUCUCGUCAGAUACAUACGUCGUUGCUCUGGACCUGAGCGGUCACGGCCUGUCGUCGCACAAGCCGGCCGGCUGCAGCUACAGUUACCACGAGUACGUCAUGGACGUGUGUCGCGUCGUGCAGCAGCUAAAGUGGGAGCGCUUCUGCAUCAUGGGUCACAGCUUCGGCUGCACCGUGGGCAUGAUGUACGCCAGCUUUUUUCCGGACCGCGUCCAGUGCGUCGUGGCGCUGGACCUGUACGCGCCGCUACAUGUCCCCCGAGAGCGCCUCGCCCAGGACACCAGCAAGUUGAUUAGCAGCUUCCUGCACCUCGAAUCCAAACUGAACCAGCCGCCGUCCUACACCGAGGAAGAACUGCUCAAGAGGCUGGACGAAGCGACGCUGCACACUCUGAACAAAGACACCAUGAGGAUCCUCAUGGUGAGGGACGUGCUUCGCGAUGACGGCAAGCUGACGCUGCGAACGGACCCAAGGACCAGAGCCAUCAGCACGGUGCUGCUGGACGCGGAUUUCCAGUACACGCUCAUGGAGAAGAUCCGCUGCGACCUGCUCAUGGUAACGGCCUCGGAGAUCGACGAGCGUAUCAUGCGCCAGAGCAUGGACCGUUUCUUCGCCCUCUACGAACGCUGCUGCCCCCGCUUUAAACACGUCGAGGUCGAGGGCAACCACUACGUACACCUCAACCAUCCAGAAAGAGUCGCGCCGGUGAUAAACGAUUUUCUGGCCAAUGUGAAGUCUGUGUAAGGGAACGUUUUAAGCGGCGGAGGGGAGAAGAGAAAAUUUUAGUGUCGUGGCUCGCUGCACAUGCUGCUGUGUCGUAGAUUAGACUGAAAAAAAAGUAUUAAAAAACAGACAGCUGAGGAAAAAACGCUUAAGGAGGUGGGGCCUAGAGAUUGCGCAUGCGCUGGGACGAAAUUUGCGGCUAAGUGAACUUGAACUUUUGAAGGAAGGAGCAUCUGUGGUUAAUUGAACACACAAUUCUAAAGAAAAUUACGCAUUCGAGCAUUGGUCUUUCAGCAUUGUUACGUUUUUCGCGGCACCACUCUAGUGCGUUCUCGUGUUUUACAUCGCUUUUUUUUUUGGCGGUAUCUUAAUAGAAGCUUUGCUUAUUCUCCGCACUUAACCUAUGAAAUGGCGGCUGGCGUUGUAUUACUGACGCUCCAAGAUCUUUUCUUCGUAGCAAUGUUACAGUAAUGUAUGAGCCGUGAACGUCAAAAAAGAAAAUGGGUUUUGCUAGCGAAUGCAUAGCAAUAUUGCAGGCAUCAUUCAUGGACUUUUGUAAUAGGUGGCGCUCGCUUUCCAUUUUCGCGUCGUUACUUAGUGAGUGAAUGUAGGCGUACAAAAGAUAUUUGCCAUUUAACAGGUCUCAAGUGCGGAAUGCAAUAAGGAAUUGAUCGAAAUUGAAGCCGUGGAGUUUUUUUUUUCUGUUUGGUUCAAUGCUUUUUUUUUUGUUGCAAAUUAUACACCAAGGAACUAGUCUUUCCUCUUUGCAUGUUAACUCACAUUUUUCACUUUAUAGCAGGACUAUGAUGUUUUGUUCGGUUUAAUUACACCUAUGACCAAACUAAGUUCAUAUCACCUCUACCUCGUGAUUUGCAACUCGCAAGAUCAUGAGUUCUCACUGAGGUUCCUACUUGGCACUUUUCCGCCGUCCAGCUGGUCUCUAGAUUGCCAGACGGUGGAAGACUUGUCCACAGUUCAAUUGCCUUCGGCGUUUAAAACUUGUGUACUACCGCUGUAUUUAACCUGCAUAGGGCUUCUAAGUUGCAUAGCGCCGUAGCUGUCUUACCAAAAAAAAAAAACACUCUAUGCCUCUAGAUUACCAUGUGCACCAUACUUUUGGCCUCAAAACAACUGACAUAAACUCGAAAAUUGAGCGAUUGAAAUAUUUUGCUCAUGUUUACUUAUGAAGGAGCGCACGGAAACAAGCACAAAAGGAACGAAAGGGACCGCGCUGCUUCAAAAGUAGAGAUGAACUAUCACAAACCCGACCACCUUUCAACGUUACUAAAUUAUUUUGCUGUUAUUUACUAGUAAAUUAUUGACGAGUAUCACCAGACUAAUCCACAUUAUAUUAUAUGUCUAGCUUUUGCAGAAUGUCGCACGAUAAUAAUAUCGUAGGGUUGGUGUUUUCAUCACCAUCCCCGCGGUGUGCUGGAAUGUUAAUAACUGUCGCAACGUUUGUUUUUGUUUUGUUUUGUUUGUUCACUUUUUCAACAUAGAUUUACGUGCUUGUUAUUCAUCAGACUAUUCAGUACAGGUUAUGAAUUUUUUUUCCUUUUUUAAAGCUCAGGAACUGUCUCACUGAUGUUUGAGCCAUGUUCUCAAGAAGUCCUGAGCGCACGUCGCAACCAUUUCGGGGAAAAUUGCACCUACAGUGCGCUUUUUAUAUCUAGUACUGCAUUUACUGUUGCAUUUACUACCUGAAGCUAUUCUCUGAGUUCUGUAUUAGUGUAUAGAUCGAGACAUGGCUGUGAAAACGUAAUGUGUAGCAUUAUAAUUUGUUGCAAAAUUGUAUGAACAUGCCUGUUAACCAGGAAGCGACACUUCUAUUGACACACUCUUGAUUUUGGGCAUUUACGCACAGAAGUCGAACAUACCAAUCUCAUUUAUUCCACAUUCCUGGAGCUGCAGUGUCUCGUUGAAAAGCGUCCAGUGUGGUUACUAUUCCGUGGCUUGUGUGUACGAUAUCAGAAACGCGUUUAUCGAGGGCAAUGUACUAGCGCGUGUUUAAAGCCACCAUUUUGUUUUGCGAUAGGAAGAUAUGAUUGUUGUUGUGAUGAUGAGUGUUGGAAAAUGAGGAUAUGAUUGAAAAUACUCGUCAAAUCUAUGUCUGCCACCAUACUAGCGCUGGUAGUGUUGCUAAAUUAAGCUUUUUUCUUUACAACGUGUGUAUGUCCCGUGUUUUGAAGCGCUUGUCUUGUAGACUUGAAGCUCUUGUAUAAUUUAUGAUUAUUGAGAUUUCAAUUAUAGCUUGUUCAUAUUUUCUGCUAACGCGUCGCGUUUUAAGCUUAAUUUUUAAUGCAUGUGUAAUAAUUGACAGUCAGUUUUUUUCGUGUUAUUUCGACGUCAUAUGUACGUACUAUUCCGGAUGGGUGAUACGGCUGCAUGUGAUUACCUUCAUUUUAUUCCUACCGGGCCCUAAUGAUAUAGCCACUUGGCGGCAAACAUUAUAGACUGACUAAGGCACAACCAUGUUGUUUCCACAUACCUUUGCAGGCCAGUACGCACAUGCUCGAGACAGGGAAGUGUUGUUAAGUGUAUUUGAAUCAACAAACGGAUGGAGGGGCCUUAGGUUCAAAUGCGUAAAUACGUUUUCCUGGGUCCUCGUGUUGUACCUACUGAACAUUUGAUUGGCCAGGGCAAAAAUGGUCCGGCCACCAUUCUUCCACUUACCUUUGCAGGGUGCACAUUCCUUGGACGCAGAAUCGUCGGCAACUAUAUGCAAAUGGACGAAUGGAAUUACGGGUGGUAGGAUGAGUUGCGUGAAGGUAGAUCUUUUACAAGAGUUAAUAACAAGUAUGGGUUGGUCAAAGGUACAGAAAGCUGUGAUUCUCUCCGGAGAGCGCACACUCGGAGACUGCCAGUUUUGUCAUGGCGGGGCCAGUUCUUUGUCAGUAUGUGUUUGACCUUGUUGGAGCGCGCUGUCUUUUCCGCGAGGCACUGUCACACUCGCCAAGGUGCGUAUUUGUUCAAUAAACAACCUUUGGUCGCUGA